AUGUCCACCAAUGAUCACGAGCUUCACCCCACGACGCAGGCCACGGAUAGCCUCGUGCGAAGGCUGGCCGGGCCAUCUACUAACAAGGCUGGACUAGCAAAAGACCAAACUGAAAUCAAUAGGAUCAUCGCUGAGGCUUCCAAGGGCUCCAAAUUCUACGAGAACGAGAAGCGUAAAGACAAAGACCUAACAGAACGGAUAGAGCGUAUCAUCAAACACAGAGACGAAGUCAUCAAAGGCGUGGAUCUCCAUCAAGUUGAGCAGGGUGUCGAUAAGCUCAUAGCCCAGCUGGAAGCGCAAAGAGACUUGUCUCAGGUUAUCGUCCAUGUGGACAUGGAUGCAUUCUUUGCCAGCGUUGAGCUCCUCGACAAUCCCGACUUAGCUUCAAAACCUUUCGGUGUAGGGGGCGGGGUGAUGUCGACCGCCUCUUAUGAAGCCCGCAAGUACGGCGUCCGUUCUGGCAUGCCGACGUUUAUCGCCAAGAAGUUGUGCCCGGACCUCAUCGUCCUGAAGAGCCAUUACGAUCGGUAUAGUGAGAUGUCGAACAAAGUGAUGGCAGUCUGCCGCCGGUACGAUCCGAACAUGUCUGUGGUGGGUUGUGACGAGGGCUAUCUAAACAUAACGUCUUACUGUGAGGAGCACGGGAUGACCCCAGACGAGUGCGUUCAGGAUAUGCGACAGAAAAUCCACGAGGAGACGGCCUUGACUGCCAGCGCAGGGAUUGCGCCCAACAAGAAGAUGCUGGCAAAGAUCUGUUCAGACAGGAACAAGCCUAACGGGCAGUUCAAGCUCGACUUCGAGGCGCGAGCGAUCAAAGCGUUCAUGCGCGACCUUUCUAUCCGGAAAGUCCCCGGUGUCGGCCGGGUGAACGAGCGCCUGCUCGAGUCGAUAGGCAUCAAGACUUGCGGCGACAUCUACGCGCAGCGCGGAAUCCUGUCGCUAAUGGACAAGCAAUUCGGGCUUAUGUUUCUUCUGCAGUCCUACCUCGGUAUCGCCUCCAACGUCGUCGAGCCGUGGCAACGAGAAGAGAAAAAGAGCAUUGGAGCCGAGCGGACGUUCAACACCCUUUCUGACACAGCGAAGAUCCACGCGAAGCUUGAGGAAGUCGCGGCCGAGCUAUCCAAGGACAUGACAGAAGGCCAAUGGACCGGGAAGACGAUCACGCUAAAAUACAAACUGAAUACAUUCCAAGUGUGCACCCGCGCGAAGUCGCUGGAUAAGUGGUUGUCGGGUAGAGCCGAGGAGCUAUUCACUCUUGGGAAAGAGUUGUUGAAGCCCGAGCUCCCAUUGACACUCAGGCUCAUCGGCCUCCGGGUCACAAAGCUGAAAGACCUCAAAGCGGAGGCCGAGUCCAAGGCUCGAGGGAUCAAACGAUUCUUCAACGCAGCACCCCCAAGCCCAAGCAAGAAGCGUCGAACAGAGCGCACGGAGCAUGAUGAGCAAGAAGAGCUGCCGCUAUCCCAGGACGGGUUCGCGACGUCGAUGCCUGGCUACGAGGACGAGAUCGAGGCUGAGCAUAUAGCCGAAGAAGACGUCAUUGAAGGGGACGAUAUCCGGAGUCAUCGACCUCCGGAUCCCCUGAAAUCCAACCCGAAGUCCUCCUCAGCGGUGCCCGACAAUCACGCCGGACCGUUCGGUUCGGCACGACCUCCAAAUUCCGAUCGAGGGAGCAAGCGAAAGCCUUCUUCGUCCGCGUCUGUGUCUGCCGCCACCCACAAGCCAUCUGGAGCCGAAGAUGUAAUCGACUCUCCAGAAGCCCUUCUCGAGUGUCCCAUAUGCAGCAAGAUGCUGGAAAUGGAUAAUCAGGGCCUGAACGAGCACAUCGACUUUUGCCUUAGCAAACAGGCAAUCAAGGAGGCACAAGCGUCGUCGCUGAAGCCGGACUCGGGAUCAAGCCAGCAUGGAACAAAGCCCUUGCGGAGGGGGCUCAAGCCGCAGUCUCGAGGGAAGUCGAAGGACAAGGUCGGCGGACAUGGGGAAGGGCUGUUGAGAUUCAGGAAGCAGGAUUGA